AAAAUCGAUAUUCACAAAAAAAAACCGAAUAUCGAUAUAUCGGAUUGCAAAAACAUCGGGCAAUAAUAAUCGAUAAAAUCGAUAAUAAAAUCGGACGUUUCGAUUAAUCGGUCAACAUCGCGCAUCCCUAAAAGAGAAAAGAUCGAAGAUUUGGAAGAAUUGGAAGUUCAAAGGGACACGUCACUUAAAGCCUCUUGUUUUUCCUAAAAAUAAAAAAAAGUUAACACAAAAAUAAAAAUAAGGAAAGGUGAUUAGCUGCGGUAUCGUUUCUUUCUGUGCAGUAUGCGCUGCUGAAUCUUGUGCGAGCCGUUUCUCUCCAAGCAGCUCGAAGCUGUUUUAAAACAGUUUCGUUGCGAACCUCAAACACAUGGUAAACAUGUCACCGGUACGAGAAACCUUACGCGAUUCCAGCGGCGAUUCUGGCUCGGAGUCCGAUAACGCGUCCGCGUCCUCGAGAUCGAGCCGCAGCGGUAGCCGAGCGUCGCAGGCGCCGGUGCGGACGUCGAGCAAUGUCAGGAGCGAGCACUCCGAGGACGAGAACGGCGCACCGGCCUCACCCGCGUCGAACGCUAGCGGCAGCCGCGCCUCGAGAUCCACCAGCCACAGUCCAAUGGGGUCGAACAAGCUGGACGGCAGUCGUAAGUCGGAGAGUCGGUCCCCGUCGCCGACUGGGUCCGGCUCGAGACGCUCGAGCGUCGGCUCCGUCCGGAGUGAGAAAUCAGCCGCCUCCAGGUCACCGAGGUCCAGGAGCGAGAAAUCCGCCUCAAGGUCACCGAGGUCCAGAA